UCGGAAAGUCCCGGCGAGGUGACAUCACAAACUCCUAAUAUUCUGGACGCUUCUUGCCAUGGAAGUACAAGCCGAGCAACAGGCCAGAAGUACUGAAACGUGAAGAUCUACCCAGACAUGUAAGAUAAGAAAAGUGGAAGAAAAUGGGCAAGGAUAAGAGAGAUGUAGAAAGAGGACGGUGUAUGAAAUGUAAAUGUGGUGAGUAUAUAGCUCACACGAGCCCCGGAAAUCAAAGCUGUGGGUACUGUGAAUGUGGGCCGAUGCAGCAUGAAGAACUUUCAAGCUCGCCAACUACAGCUCAAGCUUUCCAUCAUUGGAGAAAAGUGCCAGAUCAUACAGGGCAAACCUCGAAUCCUGGUCAACUUCAGGACAACUGUAUGACACAAACCAAACAAAGCUACAAUGAGAGGGGACCAACUGCAUUGAAGCAUAGAGUUGAGGAGAAAGGCAACGACCCAAAUCAUCUUGGGAUCGAGCGUCUUGCAGGAGGAAGGGGCAGCGGGUACUACGGAAAAGCAGAAGACACCUUCAGCUCUCAGCAAACAUGUAGUGAACAUUUCGAAGAAGUUGAACCUGACCUAUAUUCAAAGAGAGGCUCACCAAACAGCGAUAGUGGGCACGGGACAAGUAUUGAACCCUCGACACCAUCUGCCGCCAACACGCGAUUUCAAGAAGGUCUAUACAGCUCUGCGCAGUUCCAGAAACAGAACCUGGUGCCUGCAUAUGGAAUCAACACUACUGACAGUGAUAGCGGACAAAAUGGUGAAGUUUUGAAUCUUAAAAAACAGGACAUGCAACUCCGGAUCCGUGAGAGCCAUGUGCAUCAACUGGGCCAAGAACAGCCCCAGUCAUCUACAACGUAUAUGAACCAACAAAGGUAUACGCAAAGGCAAGCAGUGAUACAACAGCAUUCUGACUCAACUGAACGCCAAGGGUCUUCCUAUAUUGUCCACCAGCAAAGGUAUGGAGGAAAGUCACCCGCAAUGGAACAGCACCAUAUAGCGAAUCAGCAAUAUGGUGGCCGUGUUUCCCAUAAAACAGACAAUGAACGUGGAAGUGGAUCACUGCCUCUCUUGCAGGAAAGGCUGGGACAACAGGAAGAAUCUAUGCAUACGAAAAAUGUUCCAGAUCGAUCAUUUACACCUGAUCCCUUGGGAAGCAACAAACAACACAGUGCCCUUCCUACCCAAAAACAGCAUGGGGAAAGGUCAGAUGGUACAGAAAACUGUCAUGAUCUGAUUCUACCAAAUGGACGCCAUGUUCUUCAGACAGGUGAAAACUCCAAUCAAAUACCAGCAAAACAACUACGAAACGAGGCUGUGGGGAGCAUGGAACAGAAUGACAUUCAAAACCAGAUCCAUGACAGCCCUAGUACCCACCAAGAACCAGUUCAACAGAGGGAGCCAACAGCCGUUUCAGCACAGUACGAUGAUUCAAGCCAUUCCUAUAGUCACAGUAGUUCUCAUACACCGUCUGAGAAAGAUGAGGAUAUCAUGUCAAAAAUGAAGCAUUUGCACCUUAAGCUACAGAAGCUUGAAGAGGAGCAAGAAUCAGUUAAAAGAGAGUUGAAGAACAUUUUAUCCGGUGUCAACUUACCUGUGUCAGAGAUAGAGAUCAAGGCAAGUAUGGUACUACCUGUGCAAGCAAACCGUUCUGACAACCUUGUCCAGUCGCUACCAACCUGGAAGCAGCACAUGAUACCUGGCUGUUCAGUUCAGGACAAAAACCUGAUGGAGGCUAAGUUUACAUUACCACCAUGGCAAAAUCCUCUCAACCAGGGUAUAGAUGUAUCAAGAGAAGAACAGAGUGGCUCUGGUCGAGCAAACAGACCACUUGAAACCUCUGAACAGUCCCUUCAACCAAUGCCCAAACCCUUGGUAAACUACGAUUCUGAGCCCGAUGAGAAUAGCCAGUCAGAUGUAUUAGACAUACAUGGACAGGAGUCAAGAGAACGUGGCACUAGCUUCAGUCAGGGCUCCGUCGGAGUUGAAAGCUCUGAGCAAUCCAUUCAACUAGUUGCCAAACUUGACAGCAACAAGUCUGGCAAUGAUGGAAAUAAACGUUCACCCCCAAGACAGAGCUCACUAGAUCAGCGUGCAGACAUAUCUGAAGAGCAACAUGUGUUAAAAUGUAAAGGGGAUAGUUCUGAGAGUGAGCAUUCAGCUCGUCUCAAUAGGACCCCAAUAAAAGUUAACUUCGCAUCAUCAGCAAAGCAACUUCCACAGGAUGCUUCAGGAGAGGCAUUGAUGGCAGAUGGCCCCAACCUGGGCUCCACACCAUGCCAUAGCUCUGGAAAACACACACGACAGGUCAACAAACUUGAAGACACUUAUUUUCAAAAUGAUACAAUUGACUGUUCACUCCACGAUAACGACAAACUAAUGGAAACAGAAUCUUCAGCAGAGCUGAAGGAAGAGGCAAAUUUGACGGGAGGGCAACAGGCUGACACUAACACGAGAUCUGCACAGUUUCCUAACCCUGAACAGUCUCCACAAUUAACUCCUAAGCCUAACUGUGUCUCAGAUAGAAGUAAUGAUCCAAAUCACAUCAAAGAAAGCACCCCAGGUUCAGAGAUGUCAAAGAAGCAAGAUGAACCAGUCCCGAGCCCAGAGGGGUCAAGGAAGGAAGAUGAACCUGUCUCAAGUCCAGAGGUAUCAAGUACGCAAAAUACACCUGUCUCAAGUCCAGAGGUAUCAAAAAUGCAUGAUGAACCUCGAUCAAGUCCAGAGGCGUCAAGAAAGCAAGAUGAACCUGACUCAAGUCCAGAAGUGUCAAGGAAGCAAGAUGAUCCAGUUUCAAGUUCAGAGGUGUCAAAGAAGCAAGAUGAACCUGUCUCGAGUUCAGAGAUGUCAAGGAAGCAAGAUGAACCUGCCUCCCGUCCAGAGGUGUCAAGGAAGCAAGACGAACCUGUCUCAAGCCCAGAGGUUUCUAAGAAGCAAGAUGAACCUGCCUCACGUCCAGAGAUGUCAAGGAAGCAAGAUGAACCUGUCUCGAGUCCAGAGGUUUCUAAGAAGCAAGAUGAACCUGUCUCGAGUCCAGAGGUUUCUAAGAAGCAAGAUGAACCUGUCUCACGUCCAGAGAUGUCAAGGAAGCAAGACGAACCUGUCUCAAGUCCAGAGGUUUCUAAGAAGCAAGAUGAACCUGCCUCACGUCCAGAGAUGUCAAGGAAGCAAGACGAACCUGUCUCAAGCCCAGAGGUUUCUAAGAAGCAAGAUGAACCUGCCUCACGUCCAGAGAUGUCAAGGAAGCAAGACGAACCUGACUCAAGUCCAGAAGUGUCAAGGAAGCAAGACGAACCUGUCUCAAGCCCAGAGGUUUCUAAGAAGCAAGAUGAACCUGCCUCACGUCCAGAGAUGUCAAGGAAGCAAGACGAACCUGUCUCAAGCCCAGAGGUUUCUAAGAAACAAGACGAACCUGUCUCAAGCCCAGAGGUUUCUAAGAAACAAGACGAACCUGUCUCAAGCCCAGAGAUGUCAAAGAAGCAAGACGAACCUGUCGCGAGUCCAGAGGUGUCAAAGAAGCAAGAUGAACCUGUCUCGAGUCCAGAGGUUUCUAAGAAGCAAGAUGUGCCUGUCUCAAGUUCAGAGCUGUUAAGGAAGCAAGAUAAACCUUUCUCAAGUCCAGAGAUGUCAAGAAAGCAGGACGAACCUGUCUCGAGUUCUGAAGUGUCAAGAAAGCAAGAUGAAUCUGCCUCACGCCCAGAGGUGUCAAGGAAGCAAGAUGAAGCUGUGUCAAGUUCAAGCACACUAUUGCCUAAAGAUAAGACUUUUUUGGUGAGGCCACAGAAGCACGAGGUUCCUGUCGUUAAUUCAAAAACGUUAAAGCAGGGUGUGCCAGCUUUCAACCCAGGGGCAGUGAAUAUACAAUCAGAUUACAGUCGCAGCAACACACGGCUCAAAUGGAGGGAUCAACACGGCACCUUCCACCCAACAGUACACGGAAAGAACAUAAAGAUCGAAAGCAAUGGUGCGACUGCGCGGAGAGACCAGUGUUACACGGACGGCAUUUGUUUCAGCCAACUCGCAAUCAAGAUGGGAUGUAACAUCCACCUGAAGAUUGUGGAGAGCAGAAGAUUCAGAGGCUCCAUGAGAAUUGGAUUCACGUCCAAAUGUCCAGAGGACAUGUCGGCAGAGUCACUACCAGCGCAUUCUUACCCUGAAGUUCCGGAAGGGUUUUGGAUAAAGCCUCUCCAUGACAACCUUGCACAGCAGGGGUAUGUGGUGACGUACAUGGUGGACUCAUCAGGAGAUGUGUUCUACUCUAUCAAUGGAGAAGAGAAAGGACUGUUCUUCAGCGGUGUAGAUGUGUCCCACGACCUCUGGGCUGCUGUAGAUAUCCAUGGCAGUACCAUAGCUGUCCAGUUUGCCAAUGAUCAGGUUGUGGCUGAUGCAAUCGAAAAAAACAUCCAUGAAGGUGACCAGGUCGUGCUGCAAGUAGAAUCGGUGGAGACCCUUCAACUGUUACAGGAAGGACAUGGAGGGAUGCACCAUGAUUUGGAAAAGGCAAUCGGAGAUACCAGCACUGGGGUAGCUAUUCGGAUUGAUGAUGACGAGGAUGUGCGAGUAUAUUACAAAAAGCACAACAGAGUCUGGUGCAUCAAUCCAGCUGCUCUUCGUAAAGUAGGAAAAGUUGACACUUCUGUCAUCAUCAUGGAAGGAGAUCUGGUGUUAAUUGGGAGGGACGAAGACAAGAUCAAGGCGUUGCAAAAGGAUCAUGGUGAAUGGGUCGAAACAAUGGGAAGGACCCUUGGAAAGGUGGGAAGGGUAACAAAAAUCACCCACCAAGGAGACCUUCGUUUGCGAGUUGAUGAAAAGACUUGGACCUAUAAUGCAGAAGCCGUGAAAAAGAUAACAAUGAAGAAAGGAACUACACGACAUUCAGGAAACUGUGACAAAGGACUUCACUACUGGAAGAGGGGCGUGGCCAAAGUGUGCACUGGAUGUGGUGAAUGUACAGCCAACGGUACUGAAUGUCAUCUACAAGGUUCACCUUUUCGUUCACGGGGGAGCCCAUGCGGAUGUAGGGAGAAGACAGGAGGAUGUGCAGACUGUGGACUGUGCCAUGCCUGCGCUGGAGAGACUGAGGAGGAAACUGACAAUAGAGGAAGUAAAAAAUCAAGACUGCUGCGCAUGUUGAAGAAGUAUGGUUUAGCUCAGCGGGGUCAUGAUUCUGAUGACGAAGAAGCCCAGGCCAUUGCAGUGGGAGAUAAAGUGAGAGUCACUGCUGAUGCACAAACACUGCCUAUUCUACAACGGGAAGGAGGCAUUGAAUGGCAUGAAGACAUGUUACAAGUCAGAGGAAUGGAUGGAAAAGUCACAACUGCUUCAGCAAAAAGUGUCACUGUCCAUUUUCCAAACCAUGGAAGGUGGUCAUUCGUUCCUGGGUGCCUGACAAAGGUCCGAGUUAAACCGAAGGGUGAAGAAACCUAUCAGAAAGGUGAACUUGUUCGAAUAAUGAAAGAUGGAAGACAACUGAAGAGGAUCCAGGGGAGCCAUGAUGGCUACAGCCGUGACAUGGAAGCGGCCGUUGGGAAGACAGGAUGCGUGAUGAAAUGCAAGGAUAGAUCCGUAAAAGUAGACGUAACAGGGAUAAGUUGGUGGUUCCACCCUUCAGCUCUGUCCCGAGCAGUGCUAAAAGAGAGAGAACCAUUGGAGGUGUUGCACAUAAGAGAUGGAGACAUCGUCAAGGUAGAUGUUGAUGCAGAAACCUUCAAGACUAAUCAAGUCUGCCACGGGGGAUAUGUGGACAGGAUGGAGAAGUCAGUGGAGGAUUUUGGCGUUGUCCAUCAUUUGGACAUUGAUGGUGAUGCUGUGGUCUAUUACCCAGAUGGCACUAGGUGGUGCAUUAAUGCCAUGAGUUUGGGGAAAGUGGACCCGGCAGAGUGUGGCCAGAUAGACGUCAGCUGUGUGCUGGAGGUUGCAGACUGGGUCAAAGUUGAGGCUGACAAGGACAAGAUCAAACGUGUUCAGGAAAGGACGGACAGCAUCAAAUGGCAAGAGGGGUACUACAAGACUGCUGGAAAGGUGGGCCAAGUGAGAACCACAUACCCAUUCAACGAUGUGAUAACUGUGCAGAUCGAGGGUAGUGGGUAUCCCCUGAAUCCGAAGCUCCUCCGACGAGCAAGCCCGGCAGACCUGAAAGAGGUAUUUGGAUCUGGUGAUAUAAAAAAUCCAGGCUUCACUAGAGGAGACCUCGUGAAGAUUGCUGUGGACAUGAACAGGCUGAGAAUUCUGCAGGAUGGACAUGGUGGAUUUGUGGACAAAAUGGAAGAGUUACUUGAACUUGUAGGAUGCGUGAGCUUCAUCGACCGGGAUGGCGAUGUCUAUGUUCGUUUCAGCAUCAGAAGGCUGUGCUUCAACCCAUUUUCUCUGACCAAGAUAACCCCAGAAGAGGACACAUUCCAGGUUGGAGACUUGUUAAUGAUUGAGUCAGAUCGGAAACGAUUCCAGGAGCUCCAAAGACCAGCAAAACAUGGAAGAUAUAACCACAAAAUGCUUUCGGCCUGUGGAAAAGUUGGAAGGCUGCAGAAUGUAAUAAGCCAUGACAGAGUGAGAGUGAAGGUCUUAGGAAGGACAUGGGUCCUAAACCCGCAGCUGGUAACCAGAACAGGGAACCCAGGACUUGGUACUGGUGACUGGAAAUCAGCUACAAUCUGUGCUCCAAACAAGCAUGACUGGAGCACAGGCCGCUGCCUGGUGUGUGUCAAAUGUGGGGAAUGUACUCACUAUGGGAGGUUGUGCCCCGCUCGAGAGAAACCAGGACGAUACCCUGGCAGUUUAUGCGGUUGUGGGAAUGGCCAUGCAGGCUGCGAUGACUGUGGAACGUGCAGAGGAUGUGCAGGAGAGAUACAGAUUCAUGAGGACAUAGAAUCUAAUGGUAAAGAUGGCUGGCAAGGGGAUGCAAUGGAGAAGCUAGGUGGAGAACACCAACCAACUUCAAGUGAAAAGACAGCUGCACAUAAAGUGAUCUCUGCUGUUCUUAAGAAGAUGAGUCAGGCUAUAGAUCUGAUGAAGAAGAGUGGAGAUGAACAAUCCACAGAUGCAGCAAACAUGAAAACUGUCUUGGAGAAUGAUUUUCUCCUACCAUUCACAAAGUAUGCAAGCAGCACACACAAGAAGCUGAUGGGAGACCAUCUGGCCAAUAUCAAUGCAGCUCCAGUUCUGUUAGAUCAGUACUUGAAAUGUGUGCCUGCUGAAGACAUCCAGGGACGAGAUGACCUUAGAAACUCCCAGUUUGAUCAUGAGUGUCUCCAGCUACUGCGAGAACUCCUCAUCCAUUGCACAAACGGCAGCUUUGAGUUCUGCCGAACAGUGGGAAGAUGCAAUCUUCUUGCUACACUUCUACAGGACCUUUCUACAUUCCACAGGAGGAAGCAAAAUGAUACGACAUGGCCAGCAAUCCAUUCACUUGUUACAAUCCUCUCCAACUGUGCAAGAGUCCCCGAGAACCAAGAAUACUUUUCCAGCUGCAAUGUAGUGAGCAUUUUAACACCUUACCUGAGAAGCAAAGAUGAGGGAGUCAGGAUCACCACACUUUCCUGCCUAGCCUUCAUCGUAGAGGAGGACAACCUGCAUUUCAUCCGACUGAAUGUGGACAUGACAGAGCUGAUUGUGUCUCUUCUGAGGGAUGCUCUUGACAAUCCUGACCAUGUCACGACAAGAGGAGGCUUUCAGUAUCCUGCCUUGCAGGUUACCACCAUCAUAAGUGUUCUUGUCCGUAAUGAACAAAACAAACUGAUACUUGUUAAAAACGGCGUGCUGGACUUGCUCAUCAAGCAAGUAGAAAUGGGUGAUGGUGGAGAGAAGGAGUCUGCACUUCUGUGCAUUAGGAAGUUGGCCGACAGUAAGCUCACCAGUGGCAUCAUCAAAAGGGAGACCAAAGUGAAAAAACUGCUGCUUUCGAUGACGGGAGACAGAAAGUUAUCAAAGCCUGUGCGAGAUGCAGUGGCAAUGACUGUAGAUGUCUUGGAGCAUGGCCCACCCCAAGAAACGAAAGAACCAACCCCAGGGCAAGGGAAUAUCAGCACUAUCAAAUGCACUGACCUGCUAGUCGACACAAAAACACCCCUCGGAGGUGGUGGUUUUGGCCUCGUGUUCAGAGGCUAUCACAGGAGGUGGAUGAUGAAUGUGGCUGUGAAGAGACUCCUUCCACUACCAAGAGAUCAGAAGUUGAGCGUCACUAAAGCUCUGAUUGAGGAAGCCAAUUUCAUGCGAUGUGCCCAAAAUGCCUACCGUUUCAUCGUGCCGCUCUACGGCGUGUGUGUUGAGGAGGAACUGACUGCCCUCGUGAUGGACUUCAUGGAGAAUGGGUCUGUGAGUGACUUGAUGUCUCGUGUCAAACAUGUACCCUGGGCCUUGAGAUGGAGAAUCAUACAUGAGACAAUCCUGGGGAUGAACUUCCUCCACUCAAUGGAUCCACAGAUCAUCCAUCAUGACCUGAAGUCUCAGAAUAUCCUGCUGGAUCAAGACUUCCAUGCCAAGAUCUCUGAUUUUGGUCUAUCUAAGUACAAAAACCUGGCAAGUAAAUCUUACGGAAGUAAGGAGUGUCUUGCUGGUACAAUGACACACAUUCCUCCAGAGAACUUCAUCAACGUCCACCUAAAACCUGGAGAAAAGUUUGAUGUGUACAGCUUUGGAAUACUGAUAUGGGAGAUUCUGACAGGGCAGACACCUUAUGGAAAUGCCUUCAAUACUGCUCAUAUCCGAUCGUCUGUCACCGAUGGACAGCGGCCUGACAGAAAGGCCAUCCCCAAAGAAGGUCCAAAUGAGCUCCCAUUCUUCAUACAGCUGAUGGAGGAAUGCUGGCAUCAACUGCCAAGAGAGAGACCACAGUUUCGAGAACUUGGUGAGCGAGUGCAGGGUGUAAUGCAGCGAACAAAUGUGCAGGUUGCAGAGGCAGUAUAUACAGUGAGGACUGCUCUAGGGAAAGAAGAAAGAGAUCCUAUUGAAACACAACCGCUUGCUGCAGGUGGCGGUCCCGAUGCAAAAUAAAAAAUCAGAGAAACAUCAGCAUGGCAUCUGUGUUAUGUGUAACUGUUACAAUAACUGCAGUUAUUGAACUCAACGUUAAGUGUACAUUACACAUAGCAUUACAUGUAAAUUACGAAGAAUAAUUUCUAAUCAAUCUUUGACCAAUGGUAAUUUCAUCAUUUUUUAUUUUGUUGCCGACAAGUUAUGAUGGCAAAUAGCUCCAGUUACAACCUAAGACUUUCGAAAAGGACUAGACCUGUGCUUUGAGAUGAUAACGGCAAGUCAUCAAUGUUGAAUUUCCCUUUGUUGAUUAUCAUACAUUGUGUCAUGUAUUUGAGAUGUGGGUUAUUCAACGUAUCUUAACUGUAUAUUAGGAGAACUUUGAUUACUUAAAUCGAAUUCUCUAUUCCAUAAUCUCUUUACAUACAUGUAGGCUAAUUGCACAUGACUUAUGAAUCAUGUGAUUUUCUGUAAAUGUCAUAUACAUAUGUAAUGGGCAGAAGUCACUUGUAGAUUCUGAGGUGCAUAUUGUGUUUAACUUCUGCAUUGAUAUUCUUGGAUUUUUGUGUGAUAUGCACAUAUUAAGAAGCAGCACGAAUCAAAUUUUAUCACCUACAUUGGAUUUGUAAAACUACUGUACCAAUAUAGUGUUAAGUGUAAUGAAUAGCUUAAUAAGCAAGAUUGACAUAAGGAACCCUUAGAAUCUCACCAAUAAAUGUUUGGAGUG